GGGGUGGCGGCGGCGCGCGCCAAGUGGACUGCCGUCAAAAUUGUCGUGAGAGCUGCUGCCCGCCAUGGCGACCACCACCACCACCGCCGCCGCCGCCGAUGACGUCCUGCACAGCGGAUACCUGCGCAAGCAGAAGAGCUCGCACCGCCGCUUCUUCGUGCUGCGCUGCGCCAGCUCCUCCGGGCCCGCCCGCCUCGAGGCGUGGGACAGCGAGAAACGCUUCCGCGACAGCCUCCAGAAGCGCCAGCGCGACAGCAGCGGCAUCGUCGGCGUCGGCACGGUCGAUGGCGGUGGCGGCGGCGUCGGCGGUACCGCGGAGAAGCCGCGGGCUCCGGCGGGCACCGGCGGCGCUGGCGGCACCGGCGGAGGAGGAAGUUGCAAGUCGUCGUGGUGCUCGCCGCGCCGCUCGCUGGAGCUGGCGCAGUGCCUGGCGGUGUCGCGAGGCGCCAACGCCCGGCACGCUCACCUGCUGGUGCUCUUCACGGCCGAGCACAGCCUCGCCGUGGCGGCCGACAGCGACGAGGCGCUGGCGGCGUGGUUCGGCGCCAUCCAGGCGCUGAGGGCCAAGGAGCCGGAGCCCCAGGGCGGACGCGGCGAUUGCGCGUCGGCACGCGACGUGUGGCAGGUGACGGUGCGCGCCAGGGGCCUGGGCGCGCCACCCUGCGGGCUGGCCGGGGUCCACCGCCUCUGCCUGUCGGAGCGCUCCCUCUCGCUGGUGCCGCUGGGCGCAAGCGCGGCCGCAGUCUCCCUGCAGCUGCCCAACAUCCGGCGCUGCGGACACUCGGACCACUACUUCUUCAUGGAGGUGGGUCGCUCGGCCGUCACGGGGGAGGGCGAGCUCUGGAUGGCCGUGGACGACGCGGUCGUGGCCCAGAGGAUGCACGAGACCAUCCUCGGCGCCAUGAAGGCGCUUAGCAGCGGCGGCGGCGGUGCCGGAAUCGCCGGCGCCGACGACCCCCGGACCCCGAGGGCCUCCUCCUCUUCCGCCAACGCCGGGCCUCCUUCCCCGGUGGCCCCGUCCUCAGCCGGUGCCGGCGCCGGUGCCGCCAACGCCGGAACCGCCUCCCGGCGCCAACCGCCCGCCGGAGUCAGCCGCUCGCGGGAGGGAGACGCGGCGGCGACGGCGGCGACGGUGACGGUGGCGGUCGCCGCGUCCCCUUCCCGGCGUUUGGGGGGGGGGCCCUGGCGGCGGGGGGUGACGGCGACGAACAGAGGGGGCACGGUGACCACCUCGGCGGUGACCUCGGCGGUGACCUCGGCUUUGACCGCGGCGGCGGCGCUGCCCCCGGUCCGCUCGGUGUCGGGCUCGCUGAGCGACGGGGGUUUCGCUUCCUCGUCGGACGAGUCGGGCUCCUGCGUCUCGCCGGAUCCGGACGGAGCCGGCGGGGAGCUUCCCCUGGUCGUGGCGGCGGCGGGGCAGCCUCCGUCGCGGGCCCCGAUUCGCCGGACCGCGUCGCUCUCUUCGGCGGGUGCCUACGCCGGUGGCGGCGGCGGUAGCGCCGGUGGCUGCGUCGACCGAAAAGGGGGGAGCGGAAGAGGUGAGACUCCGCGGUGGGUCCUGGCGCGGGCGUCCGUGACGUCGCUGGAGGAAUUGAGUCCUCACCGCGCCGCGUCUCGCUCCGCUGCCGGCGUCGUGGCCGGUGUUACCGCCACCGCCGCCGCCUCGAUCUCCUCCUCGCUGGGAUCGGCGUCGCCAAAAUCGUCGAGCUCGCUGAGCGACCAGGCUUUCUUGGACGACGACGAAGACGACGACGACGAAGACGACGACGACGACGAUCAUGACGGCGACGGCGUCGGCGGCUUCCGUGGCGUUGGUUGCGAACGGGCGCGCGCCGACGACGACGGGGGCUACGUGUCCAUGCAGCCCGGCGUGGCGCCGGGGCGGCAGCCUUCGCAACCGGCGGCCGUGGCGGUCCCGGUGCCGACGCCGGCGUCAACGCCGCAGUCGGACUACGUGCCCAUGACCUACAACAACAACAGCAGCGACGACAACCGCGACCGCCGGCAACGCGUCGGCAACAACAACAACAACGGCAAUAACCGCCACCGCCGGAGUUGCCCCUCGGAGCCGCGGAACGUGACCGGCGGCGCCGGCGGCGGCGGGAGGGGCGGCGCCAACGCGGGUUACGUGCUCAUGACGCCGUCACCCGACGCGGCCUUCCCAUGGCCGGGCUUGCCCCCUGAGGCGGACGACGAUGCCGACGAUUACAUGAGCAUGGCGCCGGCGGGGCCGGGGAUCGAUGACGACGAUUUCGGCGGUGGCGGCGGCGGCGUCGGCUACAACCGCGGCAACAACGGCAACGUCGCGGCCGGAUCUCCGCGUCGCGACCGGCGCCACCAGCAGCAGCGCCGGCGGCAGCAGCAGCAGCAACGGCAGCACUGGGACGUCGGGGACGGUCACGACGGGCCCUACUGCUACUACUCGCUGCCCCGCUCGCUCCGCCCGGUGGGGCCCGGCUUGCACCGCACGGCCAGCCUCCACACCCAGCAGCAGCAGCAGGUGCCGCCGCCGCCGGCGCGUGGCCUCACCGCCCAGCCUGUGCCAAGCGCCGGGGCCGGCGUCACGCAACCGCCGGCCGGCCACGACGCUUCGGCCCAACCCGGCCCCGGCACCCGCGCCGGCCUCCACAUUCAGUUCCGUCGUAGCAGCAGCAGCGGCGGCGGCGGCGGCGGCGGCGUUCAGCCGGCAUUCGACGUCCAGCCCGGCCGCAACACGCCCUUCAGGCCGGGCCGACGCUGCCUCACCCCCGUGUCUCCCCGUCGCAGUCCCGGGCCGCCUAGUCCCGUCGGCUUCAUUCCCCGGUCCCAGAGCUCUCAGGAUUUGGGAAGGCCCGGCAGGGGCACCGUGCCGGGAGGCCCGGGAGGUGAGGGUGGGGGGCCGGCGACGAGGGGUGGAGUUGGGGGGCCGUCAGGCAGGAGGAUCGGGCGUGGCGGUGAGGAGGAGGAGGAGGAGGUGGAGAGGCUGGGGGGUGACUACGUACGGAUUCACUACGAGGCCGCGCCGAAACCCCCGGGGCCCACGGGCCCCCCGGUCGGCAGGGGCCCCGCGGGGUGGCGUGGAGCAGCCCCCCUUUUGGGCGGCGGCGGUGGCGCCGACGCCGCGGGGGGCCCCGACUACACGGAGAUGGAGCUGCCCGCGGGAGGGGCAGACGGGGAGGGACGGGGCGCGCUGCACUACGCGGCGCUCGACCUGGGAGAGGAAGGCCCCCCCGGUGGGGGGCCCCUGGGGGGAGACGGGGGGGCCGACUACGCCAGCAUUGACUUCCGGGCACGCGGGGAGAAGGGGCCACGCGGAAGGUGCGGCGGCGGCGGGAUGGGGGGCACCGUCUGAGAUGCGGGGAUGUCGACGUUGACGCCAAAGCCAACAUCAACACCAACAUCACCACCAACAUCAACACCAACAUCGCCACCAACAUCGCCACCAACAUCGACACCAACAUAAACAUCGCCACCAACAUCGCCACCAACAUCGCCACCAACAUCGCCACCAACAUCAACAUCGCCACCAACAUCGCCACCAACAUCGCCACCAACAUCGCCACCAACAUCAAC